AUGGCCAAUCAAUCUCCUUCAGAUCGUUCCAAGAAGACUGCUUCCAGUCGUUAUCCCGAAGUCCUGGUCAAAGGCCCAGCCAGUGGUGUCCACCAACAAAGCUUUAUCAUCCUUCAUGGACGGGGUUCCGACGCCCUGACAUUUGGCGCAGUGCUUCUGGAGACCCCAAUUCCUGGUUAUGGCAACUUAGCCAGCGCAUUCCCUAAUGCCAAGUUUAUCUUUCCUACUGCCUCGAAACGUCGCGCAAGAAUUUACAAACGCUCGCUCAUCAACCAGUGGUUCGACAACUGGUCUCUUGCGACGCCAGAGCAGUAUGAGGAACUCCAGAAUGACGGAUUGCGCGAGACAAGCAAGUAUAUUCAUGGCUUGGUGAAGGCGGAGGUGGAGAAGGUGGGUGCAAGCAAUGUGGUGUUAGGAGGAUUAAGUCAGGGGUGCGCGGCCAGUCUGGUGUCGCUGUUGUUGUGGGAGGGAGAGACGUUGGCGGCGGGUGUGGGCAUGUGUGGGUGGCUGCCAUAUCGAAAGAAGAUGGAAGCUGUUCUUAGAAACAAGGAUAUAGGAGCGUCCAGUGAGGACGAAGAUGAAGAUGAAGGUGAUGAUAUCUUUCAACGGGCUGGCGAUGAUCAGAACGAACCAGGAGAAGCUGCCCAAGGAGACAAAGAACAAGAGUCGAACGAGCUCAACGACUUGACGGCAGCAGCAACCAUCAAAACAGACACCUCCCCAGUGAUCAAAGCAGUGGAGUUCUUACGCGAUGAGAUUGAGUUCCCACGGACCACGCACGCAGCAGCGCCGGCAGACUUGAAGCUGCAAAAUAUUCCACUUUUCCUAGGUCAUGGUGUGCUAGACGAGAAAGUUUCCAUCGAUCUGGGCCGUUCGGCGGCAGGCUUCCUGGAGGCCAUGGGGGUUGAUGUUCAGUGGAAAGAAUAUGCCAGUCUAGGUCAUUGGUAUUCGGAAGACAUGUUGCGGGAUAUGGUACUCUUUCUGGAGGCACGCACGGAGUGGAAAGUUCAUCGAUAG